AUGUUUCCAACGACACGCUUCACAAGCGUCAACCACGGCGUCGAAACUAGUGAUGUCUUUCAAAAAGACAAAAUAUUCUCUAGGAAAGCCGCAUCGUCCGAAAAGUUCUUUUCACAGAUACGUCAGGAUAUGGUGCGAAAUCAAAUGCCACUGGGGGACAGUGCGUAUUGUAGUUUCCGUAGAAAUUCAGCAUCAAACACCACACGGAAAUCGGCAUGGGUUGGUUUGAACGCAAUGUUUGAUGCUUUGUUCUGCUUGAGAACAACCAAUACGACGAGACGUGAUAGCGAAUGCCAAACCCCAACACAUAUCGAACCUGGAAAGGACAUAAGCAACGAUCCAUCUAGUGUCAAUACGGGUGAAUGUAAAGAUCACAAACGUUAUAGAGAAGCCCAUCGAGUAUGGGCUGAGGUUAAGUCCAAACUCAAUCGUGAUCAGACAAUAUUGACAGAUAUCUACCAACGCAUUAACGAGGAUAAACCGUGGAACAUUUCACUGGACAGCAACCGCACGCGUCAGGACAUGGUUUCCAACAUAUGGCUACUAAUUUCUUUACUUUUCUGCAUGUUGGCAUGGUUACUUGUUGAUAUCAAUGAAUACAUUGAGCUCACACAGCAUCUUUCUUAUAUGAGUUAUAUCGAGCUAAAAAAAUUAAAUGAGUCGGGGAGAAACUAUAUCGACAUCCAUACUUCUUAUAACAGGGAUCGGGAACGAAGCAAUAAUGGCAACAAUAGUGACGAUGACCAAGAUUGA